AUGGAUACUGUGCGAGGGGUUGGUACAUCAGCGAGAGAGUGCGUUCCAGCGGCCGAAUACCUAUGCUCGGAGAAGCUAACAGUGCAACUAGAAUUGUUGUCCCAAAGGGGCCUUUUCGGAGUCGUUGUCCUCGCGGUAAUCGCUUGCGCGAUGACCUUGACCACCAAGACUGUAGUGCCCUCAGCAUACCGGAUGACGACCUUCGACGAGAAUCUAGCUGCAGAGCUUGCCCCUUACGCCGACGAUCCCCCUAGUGACGAGAGCCCUACGCCUCCAGAGGUUGUCCAGGUGGCCACAAAUGAUGCAGCGGUGCCGCCCCCGAUGGUCUACUACUCAGCCGCUGGAAGUGGUGUUGCCGAAGUUCGUGUUAUUCUCAGUGGCUUCGUCUUGCACGGUUUCCUCGGUCUCAAGACUUUAGGUAUCAAAUCUGCCGCUCUCAUCCUCAGCGUGGCUUCAGGGCUCAGUCUUGGCAAGGAGGGCCCUUAUGUCCAUAUCGCCACUUGUAUAGGUAACAUUGCUUGCCGACUGUUCUCGAAAUACGAUCAGAAUGAUGCCAAGAGGCGUGAGGUUCUAUCCGCCGCCGCCGCUGCUGGCGUUGCCGUUGCUUUUGGUGCGCCACUAGGGGGUGUUCUCUUCGGCCUAGAGGAGGUGUCUUAUUUCUUCCCAGCAAAGACGCUCUUCCGUACCUUCUUCUGCUGCAUCGUAGCGGCACUGUCACUCAAAUUCCUCAACCCCUACGGCACACACAAAAUUGUCAUGUUCCAGGUCAAGUAUGUUGCUGACUGGCAUUACUUCGAAAUCAUCUUUUUCAUCGUGGUUGGAAUACUUGGCGGUGCUGCUGGCGCACUUUUCAUCAAAGCCUCGAAGCAUUGGGCCAAGACGUUCCGGAGAAUUACAGUUAUCAAGUCGUAUCCCAUGCUUGAAGUCGUCUUGGUUGCCAUUGUCACCGGCAUCAUGAGUUACUGGAAUGUUCACACCAAACAGCCAGUCGCCAAACUUAUGCUCAAUUUGGCGGCACCUUGCAAUGACGGGUCUGGGCGUGAAGACUUUGGUCUUUGCCCAACAACAGCCGAUGGGAUCCCGCCGGUCCUUUCGGGUCUGUUUGCCGCAUUCCUCAUCAAAGGAUUCUUGACGAUCAUCACGUUCGGCAUAAAAGUUCCUGCUGGCAUAUAUGUCCCGUCUAUGGUCGUCGGUGGUCUAAUGGGAAGAAUCGUUGGCCAUCUCGUUCAGUAUCUUGUCCUGACGUAUCCAGCCGUUGGAGUUUGGAGCCGCUGCGCUGCGACAGGGCAAGGGUCUUGCAUUCAACCUGGUGUUUACGGCCUGAUCGCAGCUGGUUCGACCAUGUGUGGCGUGACUCGGCUUUCAGUGACCUUGGCCGUCAUUCUCUUUGAGCUCACGGGCAGUCUGGACUACGUAUUGCCAUUCUCGUUGGCCAUUCUCGUAGCAAAGUGGACAGCCGAUGCCAUCGAGCCUAACAGUAUCUAUGACCUUUUGACUAACAUGAACUCGUAUCCCUUCCUGGACAACAAACACAAGCCCAUUUUCACUUCCGAUCUUGCCGACAUUGUUCCUCGUGUUCGCCGAGAAAGAAUCAUCGAUAUCAGCGCUUCACCAGGGGUGUCUGCUGUUAGCCUCCGCAGCAAGCUCCAGACUCUUCACAGGGCGGGCGAAAUUGAUGGCGGUCUGCCAAUUAUUCGCGACGGGAUCCUUGUGGGCUUAAUCCCUGCACCUGAUCUUGAAUAUGCACUGGACAACCUGGACGACGAAGCCUCAAGCAUGUGUCUGAUGGCCCAUGUUGCAACCAUCGAGGACUCUGACGACGAAGAAACGGAGCGGGACAAGACUGACUUCACGACUUACAUCGAUCCGGCACCUGUAGCUUUGGACAUUAGAUCUCCGAUGGAUCUUGUGUAUGAAUGUUUCGUCAAACUAGGCCUCCGAUACAUCUGCGUUCUCAAAAACGGACGAUACGCUGGAAUGGUAAGCCAAGUGGUUGAGCAAUCCAAACAAAAAUUAGCCAGCUAA